CAUGAACCAAAGAAAAAAAAAAGAAGCGAAGAUCCAAAAAAAUGAAAACCUUAUCCCAAACCCCGAUCUUUGCUCUUCUUGUUCUUCUUCCUGUUCUUAUCCAAGUCUCCAACACUUCAGCCACAGACCAAACCACAAACUCAAACCAAACCAUGAAUUCAAACCAAACAGACAUAGAUUACAUCAAAACCUCAUGCAAUGUAACGCUGUAUCAAACCCUAUGCUGCACCUCUCUAUACCCUUACGCCUCUUUGAUCGAUUCAAACCCCGAAAAACUCGCAAACACCGCCCUCAAUCUCACCCUAUCCGAGACCAAAUCCGCCCAAAAAUUCGUCAAGUUCAUCUCCCGUCACCGCCAAGGGAGCUUCACGCCAAGAGAAGCUGCGGCCAUGGAGGAUUGCAUGGAAGAGAUGAGUGAUUCGGUCUACGAGCUCAAAGACUCUGUUAACGAGUUGAAGACAAUUAACUACUCGAGUUUCGAGAUGGUUAUGUCGGACGUUCAGACAUGGGUGAGCGCUGCCCUAACGGACGAGGAUACUUGCAUGGAAGGUUUCGAAGAAGGCGGAGGAGAAGCAAGGACUGAGAUUAAAGAAUUGGUACGGAAACACAUCGAUAGGGUUGCUUGUAUGACGAGCAAUGCCCUCGCUCUCAUCAAUAUGUAUGCGUCUAUACACCGAGACUAAUGUUUAUACCAUACUAUAGUUUACAUGAUUAUCAUCAAUUUCCUAAUAAUAAAACGGUCUAGGUUACGAAAUCUACCGUACAAAAGCAUAUUUUUGUGAACAAUUUUUAUGUAUGUUCAUCCUAUACGGUUCGUUAUUUCAGUUUAUUGUUGGAGAUUUAUGCUGUAAAAAUUUGUAAUAAGAUUUUAGAUGACAGGGAUGUGGAUAUGUUGUAGUUAUAUAAUAAGAUAUACACGAAUGUAUGGAGGUGCCGUGUUUGUUUGUU